UCCUUGCUACUGAGAUUAUUUCUCUAUUUUUGUCUCUCUCCACCAUUCAGAGCACUCCUCCACUCCUAGAAAACUCUCCUCAUAUCACCUCCCAUCAUCAUCUCAUCCUUAACACUUUCUCUCCAUCUUCCCUCGUAGCUCUUGCUGUAGAUCUUUCCUCUUUCCUCUUUCCUGUGUUCACCUCCUGAAUUUUUUUAUUCAGGUGUAGCCACAAUUGUACACUUGCUUCUUUUUUUUUUUUUCACGCACACUCUUGCUCUUUCGUUCAUUCAUACAUUCACUAUGCUGAAGCGCAUGUCCAGACGCAGCCGCUCCCUGCUGUCCCUCUGUCUAACCUCUCUGGCCCUGACUCUCUCUGUACUGGCCUUCUGCACCUCCUACUGGUGUGAGGGGACACACAAAGUGGUAAAACCUCUCUGCCUGUCUCCUGUGAAAAUGAAGAACUGUGGCCAGAACAACAGCCAGCCCUUUACCACUGACAGCCCAACUCCAGACCCCAAAAAGCCCGAGUCAAAUGUGACAAUUUCCCCAAAGCAGAAGGAGGAGCAAACCCUAAUGAAGGCAAAGGAGCUGGCCAAUGCAGUCCACUAUAUCUGGGAAACAGGAGAGGACAAAUACAUGCUUCGAUACUUUCACACCGGUUUCUGGCUUUCUUGUGAGAAACACCAUAACGGUCAAGGAGAGAAAUGUCGAAGUUUCAUUGAAUUGACGCCUGGAGAAGCACAAGGGGUUCUUUGGCUCUCCUUGUUCUCAGAGUUCAUGUACAUCACUCUGCUGGCCAUGGGAUUCCUUAUGAUGUGGAUGGAGUUGCUUUUACUUUGCUUAAAUAAGGAGAUGUAUGCACUCAAGAUCAAUGCCUUUGCUGCCAUUUGCACUGUUCUCUCAGGAAUGAUGGGGAUGGUAGCACAUAUGAUGUACACUACAGUAUUUCAGUUGACUGUGAGCAUUGGUCCUAAAGACUGGAGACCGCAGACCUGGGACUACGGCUGGUCAUUCACUCUGGCCUGGAUUUCUUUCAGCUGUUGCAUGGCUGCUGCUGUCUUCACCCUCAACUCCUACACCAAGAUGGUGAUUGAGAUGAAGCACCGCGCUCGUAUUCGUCUGGAAGAAGCUGCCAAUCACGCUCCCCCUUAUGACGAUAUAAUCAUGGCCGAUGCUAGUGGCAGCAUCUACUCCAUCAACCUUCCUCUUCAGCACUGUCAGGAGGGGAAGUUGAUUGACACCAUAUGGCCUUCUAGGAAGGAGUGUCUGCCUGCAGUGAUGAUGGACGGAAUGAACUCGGAGGGACUGGUGCUGUUAGGAAGGUGUGGGACGCAGGGGUGCGAAGACUGCGAGAGAGAGAUAGACAAGAUAAAGGAUGUAUUGGAGAAAGAAGGUGAUGAAGAGGAUGAUGACAUAUGCUGAGAGGACAUGGAUGGAAGGAAGCACAAAAGAAAAAGAGUAGGAAGGGGUGGUGGAAUAGGAUGUGUAUUGGAGCCCUGAAAGGCGA